UUUCCAAGUGAUGCCAAUGUGUUCUCGCACUGAAAUGAUUCGCUGGACUCUGAAUGUGUCACUUCAACACCCUUCUAUCAAUAUGCAGAUAUUUCGGAUGGUUACUCUGACACCGUUUAUAGUCACGAUCACCACCAGUUCAUCAAAGGGAAGGAGGGAGUGCGGGAGAUUAUGUACUGCAAUCAGUAUGCAGUUAUACGAGGAUUAUCCUUCCUCUUCUUCGCCCUUCUCAGAAAUAUCGAUAGAGGCAGCGAUUAUUCAUAGGCAUGCACAUAGUUUUACUAUCACAAAAGCAUGCGUUUUACAACGCAUGACCUCAUGUGUGGAAGUGCGAUCAACAAUCAAAAUUCUGGAGUGAAAAAAAUUC